UUGCUUGGAUUAAAUAUAUUCAUGCAUUACUGAGACAUUUCAAAACUCUCUCAUCACAAUGGCCUUGUCUUCUAAAGCAACCUUUACUUCAUCUCCCAUUCCAUCUCCUCCAGAAACUCCUGACAAAUGGAGCUUCACCCAAGAAAACAUCUUGCCUUCUACUGUCUCAAAUCACUUGAUCUAUCAAGAUGAUCAACAGCCCAGCAUUAAUGAAGAUGAUUUUGACAUCAAGAAUCAUCAGAAAAAGUUGAGAUCAUUAAAGCACAUGCUAAACAAAGAGGGUGAAGAUGCAUUUGAAUGUCUGCCAAUGGUUGAUGCCAUCCAACGCCUUGGCAUUGAGUAUCAUUUCCAAGAUGAAAUUGAUUCAUUUCUGAAAAGGCAUUAUAUGAUACAUAGCACUUAUAAUUAUAAUGAUCUUCAUGAGGCUGCCCUUAGCUUUCGACUGUUGAGACAAGCGGGAUACCAUGUCCUUGCAGGAGUUUUCGACAACUUCAAAGACAGGGAGGGCAAAUACAAGCAGAAUCUAGAUUAUGACGUCAAGGGACUAUUGGGAUUAUAUGAAGCUUCACAGCUGAGUAUAGGAGGAGAAGAUCAUAUACUUGAUGAAGCUGGAGACUAUAGCUACCGGCUUCUAAAUUCAUGGGUGACACAGCUUGACGAUAAUCAAGCUAGAGCAGUAGAGAAGACGCUGGAGUACCCACAUCACAAAAGCUUGGCCAGGUUCAUGGCCAAACACUUCAUUACUGAUUUUCAGGGAGGAAAUGGGUGGAUGAAUGAACUGCAACAACUUGCUAAGUUAGACUUUAAGAGUGUCCAAUCUCAAUACCAACAAGAAAUUCUUGAAAUAUCAAGGUGGUGGAAAAACCUCGGAUUAUCCAAAGAGCUAAAGUUCGCAAGAAAUCAGCCACUAAAAUGGCACAUAUGGUCCAUGGCAGCUUUUAAAGAUCCAAGCUGGUCAGAGCAGAGGCUAGAUCUUACAAAAUCCAUAUCUUUUGUUUACCUAAUAGAUGAUAUUUUUGACGUUCAAGGAACUCUCGAUGAACUCGUAUUAUUUACAGAAGUUAUCAAAAGAUGGGACAUUUCUACCACCGAACAAUUGCCACAAUAUAUGAGGACAUGCUUCAAGGCUCUCGAUAACGUUACUAAUGAAAUUAGCUACAAAGUCUACGAGCAGCAUGGCUGGAACCCAGUAGACUCUCUACGUAAAACGUGGGGAAUUUUGUGCGAUGCAUUUCUAGUAGAAGGAAGAUGGUUUGCUUCUGGGAAAUUGCCGAGUGCUGAAGAAUACUUGGAGAAUGGGAUUGUGAGUUCAGGUGCACAUGUGGUUAUAGUUCACAUUUUCUUUCUUCUGGGUCAUGGUUUAACCAGAGAAGCUGUUGAGUUGAUUGACAGUAAUCCACCUAUAAUAUCUUCUUUAGCUACAAUUCUUCGGCUCUGGGAUGAUCUGGGAAGUGCUAAGGAUGAGGGUCAAGAUGGACAUGAUGGAUCAUACAUAGAAUAUUAUAUGAAGGAAAAUGAAGGAUGUGGGGUGGAAAAUGCAAGAAAGCACGUAAACCAGAAGAUUUCAGAUGCAUGGAAACAGCUGAACAAGGAAUGUCUAUUUAGGAAGCCAUUUUCGUCAAAUUUCACUGAUGCUUGUCUGAAUCUUGCAAGGAUGGUCCCCUUGAUGUAUAAUUAUGACAACAACCAGCGGCUUCCUGUUCUUGAAUGCCUUGUCGAUUCUCUGCUCACAGAAACUAUAGCCCAGUAGAACAGCAGACGUGACAUUUUGCGCCAAUUUCAUGGGUAAUAAUAAUUCCUAAGAAUAGUAUAAGAAAGUAAAAUAAGAACGUGUAGCUAGUCUUUCUUCGAAUCUUGCAAUAGUUUCUCUUGUACUAUAAUGGAAGUUCACGCAUCACUGUGUAUUGUUGUAAUCUUUUUCUUUUUUGUUUAAAAGUAUAUAAAAAAUCAAAAGAUUUAAGUGAUCAAA